ACUUUGACAAAAAAAAAUCAAGUAACAGCAGUUUCUGGAUAGUACAGGAUUCUUCCUAUCUCCUUUAUAUAUAUCUGUGCUUCCUCACAAUGUGAAUCACACUAAGCAUCGAUAGCAUUUCGCACUCAAUUCUUCUCGAUUCACAGAGUUCUCAUAAACUAAAUCCAAAAUGUCUUUGAUUCCAAGUUUCUUUGGCAACCGAAGGAGUAACGUAUACGAUCCAUUCUCCCUCGACGUUUGGGACCCCUUGAAGGAUUUUCCAUUUCCAAGUUCUGCACUCUCUGCUUCAUUCCCUCGAGAGAAUUCUGCUUUUGUAUCCACGCGAGUGGACUGGAAGGAGACCCCAGAAGCACACGUGUUCAAGGCUGACCUUCCUGGACUGAAGAAGGAGGAAGUGAAAGUUGAAGUUGAAGAUGAUAGGGUUCUACAGAUAAGCGGAGAGAGAAGCGUUGAGAAAGAAGAUAAGAACGAUGAAUGGCAUCGCGUGGAACGUAGCAGUGGAAAGUUCUUAAGAAGGUUCAGAUUACCUGAGAAUGCUAAAAUGGGUCAAGUGAAAGCUUCCAUGGAGAACGGUGUUCUUACUGUUACCGUUCCUAAGGAAGAGAUCAAGAAGCCUGAUGUUAAGUCCAUUGAGAUCUCUGGUUGAACUUAGAAUAAGCUAUGUUACUCGGUUGCUUCAAUUUGUGUGCACUUGUUUUGUGAUGUCUUGUAUUGUAAGAGAUAUAUGAUGAUGUAAUAUGUGUAAUGUUAAUGUAUAAAUAAAAUUAAGUUGUUGCUCUUC